AGUCAUAGACUAUCUCAAGACCUGAGACACUAGAACUUGAACUGAAGUUACAAACUUCAUCGUGUUUGGACUUUGUGAGACGUUUUAUAGUAAAUAAUGGACAUCGGUGAUAUCCUCUCAUUUCAGCCAGAGAAACCCAAUUUAAAGCGUUCUAGAGACGGUAGAACACAGGAUGAAGGAGUGGAUCCAGCCAAGAUUGGAAGAAGAGGAAGAGGAGGAGGAGGAGAUGAUAUGUUAGAAGGAAUAGUUGGGAUGUCUAGCUCUCUGAGUGAAGAGGAGAGGGAGCGUAUUCUAAAGAUGGUUGAUGAGGAACCAGAGGGUCCAUCUCUUGAUGACACAAGUUUGAGGAAACUCAUUUUGGGGUUCGAGAAGAAGGUGUACAGAAACCAAGAACUUCGUAUAAAGUUCCCUGAUGUGCCUGAAAAGUUUAUGGACUCAGAGAUUGAAUUAAAUGACACAAUCCAGGAGCUCCAUGUGAUUGCUACAGUGCCCGAUAUGUAUCAUCAUUUGAAAGAACUCAAUGCUGUUAAGUCUGUACUUCAAUUGAUAGGACAUGAAAACACCGAUAUCUCAAUCGCUAUCAUCAAUCUCCUUCAAGAGAUGACGGAUGUAGACACGCUGACGGAAAGUGAGGAUGGGGCAACGGUUCUCAUUGAUGCAUUGUUGGAGGAGCAGGUAUGUGCUACAUUGGUGCAGAAUCUUGAUAGAUUAGACGACAGUGUCAAGGAGGAGGCUGAAGGGAUUCAUAACACACUAGGUAUCAUAGAGAACAUGGCCGAGUUUAGACCUGAGAUGUGUGCUGAUGCUGCCCAACAAGGCUUGAUGCAGUGGCUUCUGAAGAAACUCAAACCUAAGGUUACAUUCGAUGCCAACAAGCUGUAUUGCAGUGAGAUCUUAGCCAUCAUAUUACAAGACACAGAAAAAAACAGAGUUUUGCUUGGAGAGCAUGAUGGUAUUGAUGCCCUUUUGCAACAACUUGCUUACUUCAAAAAGCAUGAUCCUAAUAAUAGUGAGGAACUUGAAAUGAUGGAAAAUCUGUUCAACUGCCUCUGUUCGUCCCUGAUGUUGCCCAGCAACAAGACAGCAUUCCUCAAAGGAGAAGGAUUACAGCUCAUGAAUCUCAUGCUCAGGGAAAAGAAGCAGUCGAGACACAGUGCCUUGAAGGUAUUAAACCAUGCCAUGACUGGUCAGGAAGCUGGGGAUAAUUGUACUAAAUUCAUCGAUAUCUUGGGACUACGUAGUUUGUUCCCUCUCUUCAUGAAGACUCCUAAGGUCACAAAGAAAGGACCUGGAGACAGUGAACAUGAAGAGCAUGUAUGUUCCAUCAUUGCUGCACUGUUUGGGAAUGUUUCCGGAUCCCACCACCAGAGAUUGGUAGGAAAGUUUACAGAGAGUGAUCAUGCUAAAGUAGAUCGUCUGAUGGAGCUCCACUUCAAUUACCUUACUAGAGUACAGGCUUGUGAUGACAAGAUUGAACGAGAGAAACAGAGGAGAAUACGAGAAGGUGACAUCAUCGAUGAUGACCAGGAGGACGAGUAUUACAUCCAGAGACUUGAUGCUGGUCUCUUCACUCUUCAGCUAAUCGAUUACAUAAUCCUUGAAUUAUGCUGUAACUCGGGGAUUAGUUCCAUUAAGAGCAGGGUUCUACAGCUCCUCAACAUGAGAGGGGGUACUAUCACUGAUAUCAGGAAUGUUGUAAGAGAGUAUGCAGGGAACAUUGGUGAUGCAGAUAGUGAGGAGAAGGGAGAAGCUGAAAAACAGAGACUACUAACACUCAUCAAUAGAUUCUAAAAACAAUCUCAUUCAACGGGAAGUAUUGAAAGCUGCUUGUUUCUUUCAAAUAAACUUCCAAUGACUCUUGCGAGCUACGGUUUGAUGAGGAAUGUGAUAAGAAGGACAUUGACAUCUCAUCCUGGAUAUCUGGAAUGCAUUCAUACUCAGCUGCUCACACAAGGUUUUUAGUCAUGAAAGAUUCCAACAUGUCAUGCACGAAUUCAACAACAUUCUGAAUGCUGGAAGAUGUGCUGAUAGAGACAGUGUUCUUCAAACAAAGUAUCCUACAGGCCUUGGAAAAUCAAGUGAACUUUGAUUAAAUUAAUUUUGAUUCUUUGCCCACUCAAAUACCUUUGUAGUCAUGAUAAUAUUAGCUAUUGAUAUAGUGCAUGUAUCCACCAGGUAGGUGGUACAGUAUCAUGCCAGCUUAGAUGGGCAAUGUAUUGAAUUGUCCACAUUUUGCUGCACUCCACCCAGGUGAGGUGAAUGGGUACCUGGCGGGAGUAAUUCCUUGAAAGCACACAGCGCUGGAAAUGACAGAUAGAGCUAAAGCCAGGGUAAUAUAUAGUGUGCCUUUAAAUAUAGGAAACUAAAUCAACAGCGGUGUAUAAAUUAUAUGUUUUAUUGCUUCACUAGAAUUGAUUUCCAUGCUGGUAUCCAUGUAAACCUGGGUGGAGAGCGACAAAUAUGGAUUCAUGUCUUUAUCCAAUGACCUGCUUUCAUCACUUUGUACAAUGUGAAGAGACUGGAUUCUAGCAUAGCAAUGAAUCCAUUGUAUGAUUUGUCAUGAUUUCUGUCAAGAUGGCAUGAAAAGAGGAAGUUGGGGGGAAGCUUGAAUGUUGUUUUGGGUCACAUUGAUGAACCUGUUACAGGGUAUGGUACUAAUGUUACUCAGUGUACAUUCCCAAAGAAACAAGACCCUUCCCAGCGACCUCAAUCUCCAUCCAUUGAUCGAUCAACCCAGUAAACUGGUACCUGAAUGUUUAGUCCCCAACAGGCUUUAUGGUCCAGAUAAACUGCUAGUAUCAAACCAAGGGAAUAAUAAGAAUACACGCAUUUAGCACUCUGAAUUGUGGAUAUGUGUAUUCGAUAGAUUGCUUUUUAUCAAUACAUUAUUAGUCCCCUGCAUAUUCCUAAUAAGCAGGCACUCUUAACUUUUAUUUAAGUUAAAAAUCAAUCCCUUCUCUGCAUUUACCACCUACACAAGCAUCAGCACUGUAAGGAAUUGAGACCAUCUCAGGAAAGAAGGCGGGGGGGGGAGCAUAAGAACUACAGAAUAUAAUGAUAAUAAUUGGACUUAUAUCGUGCCAAGUCUUUGAAGGAAAUCAGGAUGAAAUGGACAGAAAUGUUUAAUCCUCU